GCGGAGUUGCGCGGAGUGUGGUGGGGUCAUUAGGGUGACGUUUCUGUUGUGUACGACGGGUUCGCGCAUUCAAUCAGACAGCUAGCUCUAGUUAGGCAGACAUACUGUUGCUUAUGGUGACUUCAGAUCCCAGUGACAAAUUGAUAAACCCCGUUUAUUGAGUGUGACCACUUCCAGUGUAUUUGAACCGCUGGCACCCAUGAACCGUGCAGCAGUGCUGCGGAGGGAGACUUGGGGAGGAGGGGGAAGACAGAAGGUAUCCCGGGAGGUGUAUGACUCCUCGGUGUAGGGGAGGGGAGAUGGUGUUUGGGUUUGAGUCAAGGGGCAGCAGUGUGGCACAGCAACGGUGACAUAGCGGGAGGGGUGGAAUGACGAGCUGGCUGACGAUGCUGUAAAACCUGCCAGGGUAGAGGGAGGAUGGCGGUGGGAUUAGCUCAGUACGCAGCCAGGUUUUUGCCUGGGAUCUAGAUUGGUAUUAGGACUUUAGAUUUUCCCACAGAGCACAGCAGUGAUUGGAAGCCAUCGGGCACCCCAAGGGCAUAAUUGUAAAGGAGCGCCCUUGCUGACCCCGUUUGAUCAGCUGAUCGCUUAUUGAUUAGCUUAGGUGGUGAUGUGACAACUAUAGUAUUGAUCUGUGCGCUGUGCAGGGGGAGGGAUAGGAGGUUUACCUAUCAGCUGUUUACAUGGCUGUGUCCGCCUUGUAGGCGCUGCUCAGCAGUGGGGAUCUGGUGGCCUUGUUGGGGAGCAGCCUGUGUGGAGAUGUGACUCACCCCUUUUAGACUCACUUGUGAUUAUGGGUUUUCGUCUCACUAGUCAGUUUAUAAAUAGACGCUGUGUUAGGAGAGGACAAGUGUGGCAACUUUGUAUUGGGGGAUUGUUUGUUUCCCCUCCCCAGGUGUCUUGAUGUAAACCAGGAGUAGGGCUGAGCUUCCCUUCCUUAUUGGGGGUUUUAAUAAACAAUUUCACAAUAAGUAAAGAUCUUGACUUGGUCCAACUAGAAUUUCUCAUGAAAUCUUCUUGUGAAGCAGACGGCAGAAUGAAGCCAGACAGAGAUUCAAUGGAUGAGUUCUUUGAAUAUGAGGCAGAGGAGUUCCUGGUGUACCUUGCUUUGCUGAUUACAGAAGGUCGGACUCCAGAACAUUCUGUGAAAGGCAGAACAGAAGGCUUGCACUGCCCUCCAGCACAGUCUAGUCAGCCUGGCCCCACUAAGCAUGAAUGCAGUGAGAAGUUGGCACAGUGUCGCCAAGCUAGGAGAACUCGGUCCGAAGUUGCCCUUCUGUGGAGAAACAAUAUUCCCAUCAUGGUUGAGGUGAUGCUGCUACCAGACUGUUGCUAUAGUGAUGAAGGAGGAAGCACUGAAGGGAAUGAUUUAAAUGAUCCUGCAAUGAAACAAGAUGCCCUCUUGCUGGAGCGGUGGAUACUGGAGCCUGUUCCCAGACAGAGUGGUGAUCGAUUCAUUGAAGAAAAGACUCUGCUACUUGCUAUCCGCUCCUUUGUUUUCUUCUCUCAGUUAAGCGCCUGGCUGAGUGUAUCACACGGUGCUGUGCCACGCAACAUUCUAUACCGUGUGAGUGCAGCGGAUGGAGAGCUACAGUGGAAUUUUUCCCAUACACCAACUGAGCAUGUUUUUCCUGUCCCAAAUGUUUCACACAGUGUGGCCUUGAAAGUCAGUGUCCAGUCUUUGCCUAGACAAUCCAGUUAUCCGGUGUUGAACUGCAGCAUUCAUAGCAAUCUUGGUUUUUUAGACAAGAAAAUGUCCACAUGUGAGCAUAGUGUUAGUCCAACUUUGGAUGCGCAUCGUGCAACUGGACAUGGAAACAUUCUCAGUUCUACGCAAGCAAGUAACAAGCAGCUUUGGACUGUUGGACGUGAAGGUUUACUGCAUACAAGGGCCAGCUCAAACAUGAAUACUACUGCUUCUGUUAGAAGUGCUAAGUUUCUCUCUAGCAGCGGUAAUAGUUACGGCAUUGGGACAUCGCCAUCAAAACUUCAGUGUUUCAAUGUUAUUAAUGACUCUAAGGCAGCACCUCAUAAUUCACCCAUUAGAAAUCUGAAAUCAUUUUCUUUGGUGGAUUUAUCUAGCAGCACACAACAAAAUCAAUCCACAGACACAAACCCUUUAAUAGGCACUUUAAUUCAAGAACGUCAAGAAGUCAUAGCAAGAAUUGCACACCAUUUGCUACAAUGUGAUCAGGCAAACUCACACAUAAGUAGUAAUGCUUUCAAUAUGCUUGAAACUAGUCCUGUUAAUUCCAAGAUAUUUAGGAGCCCACACGAAGAAGAUAAUGCCACAAAAAGAAACCAGGAAACUCCAGUAACAUUUACCUCAACAUUAGGAUUCACUGUAACCACAGACAGCCGAAAAAACUUGCCAGACACCCCCAUCAGUUCCUCACGCCCAAACUCGGAAGAUAAAACCUCUCCAAAACUACAAGCAAGAAGAAAACUUAUACUUGACGAUGAACCUGUCUUCAGCACAUUUCAGCAAUCUCUAGGUAAAACAACUCAAUCUGCUCUUUUGUGGUCCAGCAAAGAAAAUAUUUUCAAUCCACCUGAAAAUGUAGACAUUCUAAUUAGCGAACAGACUGAAAACAAUGUCUGUAAAGGAACUGGUAACCAUUGCACGUAUCCAAAAAAUUCAAGUGAUAGAAUUUGCACUAACAAACAAAAUAACCCAGAUGAAAAACACUCUUCCCACAGUUUGAAUCUAGAUAAUUCCAAACACUGUUCAAAAAAAGUAGUGACCGUUUGCCAAACCCAGCAACUUAAAGAUGUGGAGAAAAAUCUAAAGAAAGCACAAUGUUCAGACCAUAACAAACAGCUCCACAGCAUUGAAAACUAUAGAGACAGUGAUAAAGACAGAGACAGUGUGAAAGCCAGAGAAACACAAGAGAAACAAAAAACGUUGCAUGAUGAGAAUGAGGAUCCAGCAAAAUGCGACUGUCAUAUUCAAGGGCAAAGGAAAUGUAAUGGAAGCUGUUUGACAAGAUGUGAGCGGCUGAAAAAUACAAAUCAGCUAAAAACCAUUCAAUUAAAACAAUCUACAAACUGGAAGAAGCAAAGUUUUCGAUCUCUAGAUGGAAUAUUGACCAAUGUGUUUCACCCCAGCACUGGUUUACCUUUACUCUCAAGUCCUGUUCCUCAAAGAAAAACUCAAUCAGGAUAUUUUGAUCUAGAUACUUCUCUACUGAAAAUUAAAGGUUUAUACACAAAGAGACGUCUGUGUGUGGGAAUAGAAGGAAAUAACGAAACCAUAGAAAAGCAAUUCAGUUGUAGUGCUCCACCUGCCCCAUGCCUUGGUCUUCUGGGAAAUUUUGAGGAAUCUGUCCUGAAUUAUCGCUUAGAACCACUGGGCAUUGUUGAAGGUUUUACAGCAGAAGUUGGAGCUAGUGGAAUUUUCUGUCCAACACAUAUGACCCUGCCCGUCAAAGUGUCUUUCUAUAGUGUUUCAGAUGACAAUGCUCCAUCUCCAUACAUGGGUAACAUUACACUGGAGUCUCUUGGCAAAAGGGGUUAUCGCAUACCUCCUUCUGGAACCAUACAAGUGACCUUAUUUAAUCCAAACAAGACUGUGGUAAAGAUGUUUGUGGUGAAGUAUGACCUGCGAGAAAUGCCAGCCAAUCAUCAGACAUUCCUACGUCAGAGAACAUUUUCUGUUCCCGUAAAGCGAGAUCGGAAGGGAGCAGUCAUAGAGAAUAUCUUGCAGACUGAAGACAGGACAUUACGCUACCUCAUUCACCUGAGGUUCCAAAGUUCAAAGUCCAGCAAGAUCUACCUCCACACAGAUGUAAGACUUCUCUUCUCUCGAAAGUCCAUGGAAGUUGACAGUGGUGCAGCAUACGAGCUAAAAUCAUACAUAGAAACACCAACAAAUCCACAAUAUUCACCUAGAUGCUGAAUAAACUGCAGGAGAAAGAACCUUAUGGCUGUCAUAACAAUUUGCUUUAUUAUAUUCUUCAGAGAAAAUAGUUGAAACCGUGGGUUCAAAAAUAUCCACAAAAAUGGACCAGCUCAGAAGAUUUUCUUAAAUGUGCUCUGUGUAUUUAAUGUAGACUGGAAGUUAUUAGAAAGGCCUCAUUUUUUUUUCUUUUUCUACUCUGUAAUACCACUUGAUUGGAUGUGUGCUGCAUUAGCAGUUCUACCUGUUAGUUUAGUGUUUACACAUUUUAUUUUAUUUGGUUUAUUUAAUAUUUAAUGUUUCAUUUACUACACAAGUGAACGUUUGUCUCAGUGUUCUAAUGUAGCACAAAGCCUAUGUAAAAUUAUACAAUGUAUUUUUGACAGUAAUAUGAAAAUCUAAAAUAUAUAUAAAAAAAUCUUUAAUCCCGUG